GAAGUGGAAUAGACGCCCUCUGAACUUCGACUGAAUUCUCGGUGCUUGAUAUUCAUUUACAGUGACGAUAGUUGUACAGUUUAAGUACCUCAAAUUUUAAAGUUCGUGACUUUGAAAAGAUGAGUCCUUAAUGGCGCUCAACGAUAAAACUCCAAUCUAAAGCAGGGCUAAAACCCGACCUCAGCAGUUCACCAUGCAAGUCAUCCAGACUGUGGAGUCUCAGGUCCCAGCACUAAGGGAAAUCUUUGUCAGGACCCCUUUCACAGAGGGGCGACAGAUCAGCAUAUUGACCCUGAGCGGGCGGGGGGAGCAGCAGCAGCCACCAUUGCUGCAAUGGGACGAUUCAGACUGCAGAGUGCAGGAGUGCUGCACUGAGCAUGCCCCAGUGGGACUCUCCGCCAGCAGUCCAUUAUGCAAUGUAGCAGAGCCAGCAGAGGGGGGAGAGCGAGAGCAGGCAUUUGCUUCCGCGUCGUCGUUGUCGUCAGCAGCAGCAGCCGUCUCAUCACAGAGCCUGCCCAGGCCGCCAGACGCAUCCAGAGCGGCUCGUGAGCAUGGCCUGACUGCGGAGGCGUGCCCGCUGAACAUCAUGGGGAACCAGGACGGGAAGCUUAAGAAAGCAUCAGGGGAAGCCUUUGAUGGGGUUGACGAUGCUGUGGGGCUCAAUGAGGCGGAGUACACAAAGAAAGGAUUCCAUGGCAAGAAAUCGCAGGGCAAGCACGGCAAGGGGGCGGACCCUGGCAAAAAGAAAGGCAAGUCGGAGUCCAAAACCUCUGUAUUUUCCAAUAUUCGGAUUCGCAAGAACCUGUCUAAGGCGAAAGGGUCCACAGGAGGUUCCAGAGAGGAUGUUUUGAGUUCCCAGGCCCUGCAGCAGGAUGAGCUGGACAGCGCCGUAUCGGUUCAGACGAAAACCCCCGAUGUCAGCCUUUCGGCUGACGAGUUGGGGCACUCGGAUACUGAGGCUGACCGCUUAAACCUCACCGCUGCAUGUCAGCAGAACACCGUAGAGAUCCAGAAUGGACAAAGAGCCAGUUCGGGCUCCGACACAGACAUCUACAGCUUCCAUUCGGCGGCGGAGCAAGAGGAUUUGCUCGCUGAUAUCCAGCAGGCGAUUAGGCUGCAGCAGGGGGUCAACAUUUCAACUGCCGAGGAUCUGAGCUGGAAAGUGGAGUGUAAACAAGCAGCUAACGAUGAAGCAGCUGCCCCAUCUGUCCCGGAGCCUCCCGCUGCCCUCGUGGCUGCUGGUGACCAGGAGAAUGGCCUGGUUGCCAGGCCCAUUUUUUCGCUGGAUAAAACAGCUGAGAAGAACAAUGUGACCGGAGCCGGGUCGGAGCUGAAUGGGGUAAGCCCCGAAUAUGGGGAAGCUCUUUGUGCUGUGGUGGGGACAAAGGGGCCAGGGCUAUUGAGGGAUGAAGCUCAGCCCCCCACAACCGAGGAGCAAGGGAAAGUGGGGAGCCCUGUUGCCAAGACGACCAGCGCCACCAGCUUCCCUGACCUCACUGGCUCUUUUGAAAGUGCAGAAGAGCCAGUGGAGGACGGAUUGGAUCUAGCUCCCCAUUUAAACGGAGGCAUUAGUAAUGUUACUGGGAAUCUCGAGUAUGGGCUGAGCUUCAUGAAUGGGAGUCUGGUAGGUGAGGAGUUGCCGAUGCCUGAUGAGCCAGAGGACGUAAAAGCAGAGCCCGUGGCACCCCCACCUACACAUCGACGGAAAAGCAGCCUGUCCUCCCCAUGGCCCCCAGAGAGCCCUCUGGCAACUCGUCUCCUUAAGUCAACUGUGACUACCCCCUCGGUCAAGCCCUACCCCCCUAUUCAUCCUUCCUACAUCAAGACCACCACCCGGCAGCUCAGCUCCCCGAACCACUCCCCGGCUCACUCGCCAUCCCAGAGCCCCCUUUUUCAUCGACGGGGGCAUGAGCUCGGCUGCCGGACCGAGAGGCGGCGAUUAAAGAGGCAGCGCUCUCACAGUAUCACAGGCCUGCUGAGCCGAUCGGCAGACUGGACAGAGGAACUGAGUAAAAUCCGGGUCGGUAAAGCUGGAUCCACCGACUUCCUAGAGUAUGGGGGCUCUGAGGAGAGGCUGAGAAGUGGAAGUCAGCCCCUGUGUGCUACACGGAGGUCAUCCUGUGUGCAAUCCUCCACAUGUAGCUUCCAGGAUGUCUUCUCAGGGCGCACCCUGCUGGAGAAGUUCUUCCAGCAGCAGGAGGACGCACAGCCUGAAGAGGCAGAGAAGCUGUGCUCACGCAUACUGGCAAUGGGUCUUUUGUUGCCCUUCAGUGAAUGCUUUCGCGAGCAGUAUGGCGAGAGUGCCUCGCAGAUUGCACCUAAGUUCAAUCAAGACCAGUUGUAUACCUGGGCGGCAGUCAGUCAGCCCCCACACUCUGCAGAGCACUUUGAGGGGCGCGUCCCAGGCCGUAUCCAGGCCCUCUGGCCCCCACCCAAACCAGGAGGAGAGGAGCGUCCUGGGCUCAAGUACACAGAGGCAGAGCAUCAAGCCAUCAUCAUAGGGCUGAAGAAGCAGCAGAGAGAGGAGAUUCGAGAACUACAGGAGGAAUCUGUCCUGAAGACCGUGAAGCUUAAGGAGGAGCAUGUUAAUGUAAUUCAGCAGUUAGAACAGACCAUUGAGGAUCUGAGGACUAAAAUUGCAGAGUUGGAGAAACAGUACCCCUCACUGGAGAAGGAUGUGAGCACAAAGGACCAAGAAUGUGGAAGUGAAGAUUUUGAAAUGAAAGGCUUCUGCGAUGUGGACCUGCAGACUGAGGGCAUGGCCCUGAGCUGCCUGGAGGCCAAGUCUGUGCAGACGUCACCUGUGGAUGAGAGCUUUAGAUUCAAAGUGCCUUUGCCGGAGCGAUCACCUUCUAAAUCUUCGAGGCUUGAUGUGAAAGUGGGGGAGUUUUCCCAGCACUCCCCACCCUCCCCCAGCCUUGAGCCAGAGCAUCUAUCUGAGCCAUUCAUCUCCAUACCCCCCAAAGCAGAUCAGGGUUUUGUUUGUAAAUGCCAGCAACAGAUGGGGAUUCAGCCUUUGCCAGUACCCCUUCCCGGACUACCAGUACCUCCUCCUCCACCUCCCCUUCCCGGACUACCAGUGCCACCUCCUCCGCCUCCCCUUCCCGGACUACCAGUGCCACCUCCUCCGCCUCCCCUUCCCGGAUUACCAGUGCCACCUCCUCCGCCUCCCCUUCCCGGACUACCAGUGCCACCUCCUCCGCCUCCCCUUCCCGGACUACCAGUGCCACCUCCUCCGCCUCCCCUUCCCGGACUACCAGUGCCGCCACCUCCUCCGCCUCCCCUUCCCGGCCUACCUGUGCCUCCCCCUCCGCCUCCCCUUCCCGGCCUACCUGUGCCUCCCCCUCCGCCUCCCCUUCCCGGCCUACCUGUGCCUCCCCCUCCGCCUCCCCUUCCCGGCCUACCUGUAUCAUCUCUCUCAGGAUCAGCUGUACCUCCACCGCCACCUCCCUUACCUGGAUGCCCCAUACCACCCCCUCCCCCCCUGCCUUCACUGGGAACUGGGCCAUGUCCUCCACCACCCCCACUGCCUGAUGGUGUUCAUCCACCGCCUCCGCCAGCUAUAGGUGCCCCUCCUCCACAGUUUGGAUUAGGAUCUCUUCCUCCUCCUCUACCGCUCGGUCUUUAUGCCCUAGGCAUGGCACAGGAGAAGAGGCCUCGGAAAGAUGUUGUUGAACCUCCACGACCUAUGAAACCGCUAUACUGGACCAGGAUACAGCUGCAUGAGAGAAAGGAACCUACCGGGCUUUUGGUGUGGGAGAAGGUUGAGGAACCAUCUCUGGAUUUCAACGAGUUUGUUGAACUUUUCUCCAAAACGGCUGUGAAGGAAAAGAAAAAGCCAUUGUCAGAUACUAUAACCAAGUCCAAGACUAAACAAGUUGUGAAGCUUUUGAACAACAAGAGAUCCCAAGCGGUGGGGAUUUUGAUGUCCAGCUUGCAUUUGGAUAUGAAGGACAUUCAGCACGCGGUCCUCAACUUGGACAACACCGUUGUUGACCUGGAGACCCUGCAGGCCCUCUAUGAAAAUAGAGCUCAGUCGGAAGAGCUGGAGAAAAUUGAAAAGCACAUCAAGUCAUCUAAAGAGAAGGACAGCGCCAAACCACUGGACAAACCUGAACAGUUCCUCUUCCAGUUGUCACAAAUCCCCAAUUUUUCCGGAAGAGUGUUCUGCAUCCUCUUUCAGUCCACCUUCACUGAGUGCAUAUCCUCAAUCCUCCGCAAGCUGGAGACCCUUCAGAAAGUCUGUACGACUCUGCGAAGCGGCACUGGGGUCAUGCAGGUGCUGGGCCUGGUGCUUGCCUUUGGGAACUUCAUGAAUGGUGGGAAUCGGACCCGAGGGCAGGCCGAUGGCUUUGCCCUGGACAUUCUGCCCAAACUGAAGGAUGUCAAAAGCAGUGAUAACGUGAAGAGUCUCUUGUCUUACAUAGUUUCUUACUAUUUAAGGCACUUUGAUGAGGAUGCGGGUAGGGAGACCUGUGUCUACCCUAUUCCCGAACCGCAGGACCUCUUCCAGGCCUCGCAGAUGAAGUUUGAGGACUUCCAAAAAGACCUGCGAAAGCUAAGGAAGGACCUCAACGCAUGUAAUGUGGAGACAGGCAAGGUGUGCCGCGAGUCCUCUGAGCAGUACCUGCAGCCCUUCAAGGACAACAUGGAUACCUUCCUGCACCAAGCAAAGACUGAACUAGACGACCAAGACGAGAAGCUCACAGAAACACACAAAAUAUUCUUGGAUUUAACCGUGUUCUUCUCAGUCAAACCUAAGAUGGGAGAGAAAGAGGUUUCCCCCAACACUUUCUUCUCUGUGUGGCAUGAGUUCUCCACUGAUUUCAAAGACAUGUGGAAGAAGGAGAACAAAGUGAUCCUGCAAGAAAGGUUGAAAGUGGCAGAGGAGUGUUUCAGGCAGGCGAAGGAGAAAGCGUCAUACAGCGUCAAACCGAAGCAUGCUUCUGGGAUAAAAGCAAAACUUGGCAUGAAGAUCUGAACCACCGGAGAGCCCAGAUACUUCAUUUCCAGGAGAUGAUGGCACAGAAUAACAACACAAAAACAAACGUGUUGAGAAUUAAGUCUAGAUUUUAAAUUUUCUUACUCUCCUCUUAUGUCCCCCCUCUCCCAAACCAGCACUACGGAUACUGUAGCCAUACUGGCUGAGUCCACCACUUCACCCUAAAUGCAUACGGCCCAAACGGGAUUGAGGGGAAGAAGUUUCCAGUAAGAUCUCGGUCCACCUGAGCUCCAGGAGAGCAGUAGCAGCAGACCUCCAGUGGAGCUUAUUCGAUAAUGGUUGAUGGACCUCACAGCACACCCUCCUCUUCCCCGCACUGUGGCAUUCGUGUGCCACCUUCAGUUGGCCAUGGCUGGUACAUAUCAUCAGUCCUUGCUAUAGGGUCCUGUAAGUGCAUUUUUAAGCAAUAGAAAACUGCAGAUGGGCUUUAGCCAAUACAGAAAUUUAAAUGUGUGUAUGUGCGUGGGUGCGUGUCUGUGCGUGUGCGUGGAAAUGUGUUAAUGUGUAAAUAUGUAUAAAGAGAACUGACCUCGCUGCACGUUGUAAUGGAGAAGUUGGAGGAAACGGAGUCGCUUUAAUCUGCUGAGACUAAUUGUUUAAUGGGCAGUGUUUUUGCCAUUUCAGUCACGGUGGAGGUAGUAGUGUUUUUAGUGCGGUGGUCAGAUGUUUGUAACAAUAGCUGGCAACCCUCUAGACCACCUUAAGCCAGGGGUUUUUAGACAUUAAGUACCCAGUCGCCAGUGUUCUUACCAUCUUCCAACAAGUAAUAAAAAAAGAGGGGGAAGAAAAUCUGCUUGGCAGUCCAGCUACAGCGUGCCAACUCGCUUUUCUUGGAGGGUCUUAUCUGACGAGUCUAUAUCUAAGCUAUAUUACCGUACUGAUUUGGGCUUUUUCUUCAGAUGUCCAGUGUUCCCUCGGGUUCCCCACAACCAGUUGCGGCUUUGGUGUCAAAACGAGUAGCCACAACUGAGUGGGGCACCAGCUAACUGAUUGAUUGCCCCCAAAGGGUGGAGCUCAGUGUAACUCUGUGUGAGUGAGUCUCAGGAUAGCCUGGGUGCGCACAUCACCGAGAACGUUGUUAGGGUGUCCCUAGAGCAAUGUAACGGUCUGCAUGGAUGAUCAGUGAGCAUGGCCUGCAAGGUUUGGACUGGAUUAGUGUCUCUCACUCCAGUGUCAUGUUCUCUCUCACCCUCAGAGGUCUCAGACUGCAUUGAGGUUCGAUGCUUGACUUGGGUUACUUAUUUAAAGAUGCUAUUCUAUGUUUUUAUCUAUGUAAAGUAGUGUUCAAAUCUUUAUGUAACAUAUUUUUGUUAAUUUUUACUUCUAUCCCAGCAUGCUGGUUCUGUGCCCGAUGUGAUUACCACUGAAUAAUCCUGGAGUCCUUUAAAGUUUAUCCCCAUGUGCAAUAAGUGUUUCUAAUUAGAAUUUUUGUUUUGGGAAAAAUGUAAUUUAUAUAAAAUAAAUGGAUAAAUAAA